CAUAGGGACAAGGGGCUGUCUGUGUGUGUGGUGGGAGGGUGUGGUGAGGCCAGGCCUCUGCCAACACACUGGCUGAGCUGUGAGGAUUGGGGACUGUGCCUGGUUCGUGGCACCAGAACAGCAGGGCACAGGAGCCCACACCAGCCCCGCUCAACAUGGGGACCCUCAGCUGCGACUCAACAGUCAGGCUGGCCACAGUGCCUCUGGCCAGGCGGGUGGCCGAGGGCCACAUUCCGGAGACUGGGCUGAGGAAGUCUUGUGGAAUGGCCUCCCUGGAGAAUGGCUCCGGACCUGGCUUGUAUGUUCUUCCAUCUACCAUUGGCUAUGUCAACCACGAUCGCACCAAGGCAGCCAGCCCCGCUUACUCACUUGCUCGGAGGCUCUGUGAAGCACCUCUUCAGGAUUGCAGCCCAGGACCUGUCUACUUCUUGGACCCCAAAGUUACCCGCUUUGGCCGUAGCUGUCCCCCUGCCUACUCCAUGCAGGGCCGGGGCAAGAUUCGAGGUCUGGAGGUGACACCAGGCCCUGGGGCCUACAGCCCAGAGAAGGUGCCUCCGGUACGCCAGCGGAACCCCCCGGCUUUCACUCUGGGCUCCCGCCUCCGACAGAAGCCCCCUGACACCUCUGUUCCUGCCCCCAAUGCCUACACCAUGCCACCCCUCUGGGGAUCACAAAUCUUUAUCAAACCUAGCAGUCCCAGCUACACAGUUGUGGGCCGCACGCCCCCAGUGCGCCCCCCUCAGGAUCCCUCAGAGAUUCCGGGCCCUGGGCAGUAUGACAGUCCUGACCCCAACACCUACCGGCAGCGUAGGCCCGCCUUCAGCAUACUGGGGAGACCCCGAACCCCACGGCCCCUGGAGGAGACACCUGGUCCUGGUACCCACAACCCAGAACAGGUCACUGUGAACCGGGCCCGGGCCCCAGCAUACAGCAUGGGCAUCCGUCUCUCAAAGCCGGCAUCAACCAUGGCAGGGGACACCAAAUGCUGA